CAGUUUUGAGACGAUGAUGAUAAUGAGAGUAACUUUACGUCUUGGGUGCCUACUGUGUGCAGAGCCCUGUGCUGGCUGCCAGCACCGGAAGGGAGACAGUUAUGAGCUCUGUACGUGAAGGAGGUCUUUGACUUCUUCCCUCAUCGCUGGGCAGGGAAGGUCUUCCUGUGUACUCAUCUACGUUUGGGAAACUUGGGGCCCAGACACGCACAGUGAUUUGCCCACAGCCACACACCGCUACCACAGGGCAGAACUGAGAUUGCAGUUCAAAUCUGAGAGACAGAGACUGAGCGAGGGAGGAGCAGACAGAGAGGGAGGCACAGAAUCCGAAGCAGGCUCCAGGCUCUGAGCUGUCGGCACAGAGCCCGACGCGAGGCUUGAACUCACGAACCGUGAGAUCAUGACCUGAGCCGAAGCAGGAUGCUUAACCAACUGAGCCACCCAGGCGCCCCUGCUAUCCAAUUUUAUCUGAUGCCAAGGCCACGGACAAAGUCCUUGGCCUUCCGCCUCCGGGAGCACCCGCACUGGGCCAGGCUGCCUGCUGAGUACGGAGCAUACAAGCAGAGGCAGGAGGUCCAGGUUUUGUGUUCAAAGGGCUCCUGGUCCACAUGGGGACCAGGACGAAAUCAUACAGAGUGGUUUGGGCUUUUGUUUUGUAAUCCAGCAGACCCAAAUUUUAGUCCCAGAUCUGCCACUUACUUGCUACAUGACUUUGGCUAUGUGUUCUGAGCCUCAGUGUUCACCUCUCUGAGCCUCAGUGUUCACCUAUGUGGUAGCAGAGGCUCCUCCCACCUAGGAUUGCUGUGGGCUCAAUGAGUCCAUCCCCAUAAGUAGGGUUGCUGGGCCUGGAAUAGAGCAGGCUGGCCUGGCUCCUGACCUCAGGAGCAUUCCAUCAUCUGAGAUGUUGCCUAUAAAACUCUGUGUUCGUGACUAGUGAAGGAAGCUAUUGGAGCUCAGGAUGUAGGGGAGCUUGGGAGGUGGGGAGAGGGAGAUCGAGGAAGGCUUUCUGGAGGAGGAAGCGUUGAAGCCAAGCCAUUGGGGUUGACCAGGAAUGUUCACCACAAUCCUGUCCCCAGAGGAAAAGCUGAGAAGGAGCAAAGACAAGCAGAGAUAGGCACUUGAGUGAUCCAAGCAGAGGCAAGAGUGUGGGCAAGGGUCAGAAGGCAAGCUGGGUGAGCCCAGAAAGUGCAGCCCCGGGCUGCAGCAAGUUGAACUGGACCUGCUCUGGGAAUCUCGCCCUGGCUCCUUAUCUAGAGCCCUUGCACCACAGAGGGACAGAGGCCUUAGGGAGAACUGGCACCAAAGCCAGUGGGUAGGACCCACAGGGCAUACAUUUCAGCAGCCCACAAUUCUCAGUCACCUGGCAAGGUAGUGAGAUCCCCAUCACUGGUGGUAGUAAGAUCCCUGUGAGGAUUAUUAACUUUGUAUUUUUCCUUUAGUGUAUGGGGCUAAAAAAAAAUGUAUUUUAAAAUAUUAUAAAAGAAAUCAUACCUGCUGACUGGAACUGAUUAAACAGUUCUCUAACGGGUGCAGUCAAAAGAACGUUAGGUUUAGCUUCAAGCCUCAGACGGUGGUAAAAUCAAUAGCCAGUUACCAAAAGUCCGUUCCUGCCCCGAGGCACUAGCUUAAGGAACUCCAGGGUUCUCAGACCCUGAUGUGAAUACUUUGAUUCUAAAGCAAGGGUUCCCAAGUUCCAAGACCAUAAAACUCCAAGCUCCCUGCUCAGAGCUUCAGAUGUGUUUGCAGAAAAGAAUCAAACAACUGAAGCCCAGCGAGGUGGACUCACAUCCCUAAUGUCACACAGCCUGUCACAAGGAUUUGUACCUUAGGCCUGACUGAUGCAGAGUCAGCGAUGACUCUCUUUAAUCGCAGCACAAAAAGCCCCGGCAAUAAGCCUGAAAAUAGUAGCAUGCAUUUACUGAGCACUUACUUCAUGCCUGGCAACUUAACGUGCAUCAACUCAGCCGAGGCUCAGAAGGGUUGUAUGAGGUCAGCACAGUUCUCCAAGGAGAAGUACAUCCUGGACUCCUCACCUGAGAAACUGCACAAGGAGUUGGAGGAGGAACUCAAACUCAGCAGCACAGAUCUCCGCAGCCAUGCCUGGUACCAUGGCCGCAUCCCCCGUGAGGUAUCAGAGACCCUGGUGCAGCGCAAUGGCGACUUCCUCAUCCGGGACUCACUCACCAGCCUGGGUGACUAUGUCCUCACCUGCCGCUGGCGCAACCAGGCCUUGCACUUCAAGAUCAACAAGGUUGUGGUGAAGGCGGGUGAGAGCUACACCCACAUCCAGUACCUGUUUGAGCAGGAGAGCUUCGACCACGUGCCCGCCCUCGUGCGGUACCACGUGGGCAGUCGCAAGGCUGUGUCCGAACAGAGCGGGGCCAUCAUCUACUGCCCCGUCAAUCGCACCUUCCCGCUGCGCUACCUGGAGGCCUGCUAUGGCUUGGGCCAGGGCAGUGGCAAGGCUGCUGGCCCCUCCAGCCCCUCGGGCCCCAAGGGCAGCCACAUGAAGCGGCGCAGCGUCACCAUGACUGACGGGCUCACCGCUGACAAGGUCACCCGUAGCGAUGGCUGCCCCACCAGGUGUCUGCUCCACAGCACAUCACUGCCCCACCCCCGGGAAUCCAUCCGCAACUGUGCCCUCAGCAUGGACCAGAUCCCAGACCUGCACUCGCCCAUGUCUCCCAUCUCUGAGAGUCCCAGCUCCCCCGCCUACAGUACUGUGACCCGUGUCCACGCCGCCCCUGCAGCUCCCUCUGCCACAGCGCUGCCUGCCUCCCCUGUCACCCGCCGCUCCAGUGAACCCCAGCUGUGUCCUGGAAGUGCCCCAAAGCCCCCUGGGGAAUCGGACAAGGGCCCUUAUGCCAGUCCCUCCCACACGCUCUGCAAGGCCUCCCCAUCACCGUCGCUUAGCAGCUACAGUGACCCGGACUCUGGCCAUUACUGCCAGCUCCAGCCUCCUGUCCGUGGCAGCCGAGAGUGGGCAGCGGCUGAGGCCUCCAGCCGGCAGGCCAGGAGCUACGGGGAGAGGCUAAAGGAACUGUCAGAAAAUGGGGCCCCCGAGGGGGACUGGGGCAGGGCCUUCACGGUCCCCAUUGUGGAAGCCACCUCUUCCUUCAACCCAGCCACCUUCCAGUCCCUACUGAUCCCCAAGGAUAACCGGCCACUGGAGGUGGGCCUCCUGCGCAAGGUCAAGGAGCUGCUAGCAGAGGUGGAUGCCCGGACGCUGGCCCGGCACGUCACCAAAGUUGACUGCCUGGUUGCUAGGAUACUGGGCGUUACCAAGGAGAUGCAGACCCUAAUGGGAGUCCGCUGGGGCAUGGAGCUGCUCACCCUCCCCCAUGGCCGGCAGCUACGACUAGACCUGCUGGAAAGGUUCCACACCAUGUCCAUCAUGCUGGCCGUGGACAUCUUGGGCUGCACGGGCUCCGCCGAGGAGCGGGCAGCGCUUCUGCACAAGACCAUCCAGCUGGCGGCGGAACUUCGGGGGACCAUGGGCAACAUGUUCAGCUUCGCUGCGGUCAUGGGCGCCCUAGAUAUGGCUCAGAUUGCCCGGCUGGAGCAGACAUGGGUGACCCUUCGGCAGCGACACACAGAGGGUGCCAUCCUCUACGAGAAGAAGCUCAAGCCAUUUCUCAAGAGCCUCAACGAGGGCAAAGAAGGCCCGCCGCUGAGCAACACCACGUUUCCCCAUGUGCUGCCGCUCAUCACUCUGCUGGAAUGUGACUCGGCCCCCGCUGAGGGCCCUGAGCCCUGGGGCAGCACAGAGCACGGUGUGGAGGUGAUCCUGGCCCACCUGGAGGCUGCCCGAACAGUGGCCCACCAUGGAGGCCUGUAUCACACCAACGCUGAGGUCAAGCUGCAAGGGUUCCAGGCCCGGCCAGAGCUCCUGGAGGUGUUCAGCACUGAGUUCCAGAUGCGCCUCCUCUGGGGCAGCCAGGGCGCCAGCAGCAACCAGGCCCGGCGCUAUGAGAAGUUCGACAAGGUCCUCACUGCCCUGUCCCACAAACUGGAGCCUGCUGUCCGCUCCAGCGAGCUGUGACCCCCACGGACCCCUCCCCUCUGCAGCUGCGGGCAGCAACAGGACCAGAGGGGGCACAGACCUUUCCCCAGAGCACCCCAGAGACACUGUGAUCAGCCCAAGAAUGUUCUGGGCCCAAACCAGGAUCUCCGUUGCACUUCCAGGGUCCUGCAUGGACCCUGGGCUCCGUCCCACCUGCUACAUGCCCGCCAAGUCUCCCUUCAGGAAGAACCGGAACCCUCUCCCUCCCUCCAGCUUCUGCUUCUCCCCUUCCUGCUGAGGUGCCCUGUGCUGGAGCCAGGAGAGAGCCUUCACACCUCCUCACUCUUCUCGGGGCACCUGCCGGACACCAAGGCCUCCACCUGGUUGUAAAUAUGUCUGUCUGUUCUGUAAAUAGAUGUACAGAAGCCAUGUUCGUUCUUUCAUAUAAUAAACUUUUAUGACUCUU